UUUUAUUUAUUUACAUUUCCGGCAUGUGAAAACCGGAUUAUUUGAGUGACUUGCGUAAUAAAGGUCAUUAUUCAACUAUCAUCAUUAAUGUAAAAGGAAAAAGUUUGAUGCAACAUGGCAGUGGAUAUAUUUCAGUGCAAAAACAUAAAUAUCCUAGUUUAUGUUCUAGUAGCCCUGUUUGGUAUUGGAUCAUGGGUAGAUAUAAAUGGAUUAUGGGUAGAACUUCCUGUGAUGGUGCCACACCUUCCAGAGGGAUGGAAAUUACCAUCCUAUCUCUCUGUCAUUAUACAAAUGGCUAACAUUGGACCACUCUUGGUAACAGCAAUGUAUGUGUUUUGUAAAAGUUAUAUGAAGGAGAGAGUUGCAGUUUAUGCUGUGUUGGGCAUAGGAGCAACCUCAUGUUUACUUAUGUCGUUUUUCUGGAAGGAAACUUCAUACAUCGCUGGAGAUUUUCACAGCACAGCUUUAUUAGUUCUACAGUUUUUCCUAGCACUUACAGAUUGUACAACGUCUGUUCUAUUUCUACCCUUCAUGGCUACAUUUAAAGCUGAAUACAUGACAGGUUAUUUCAUUGGUGAAGGACUAAGUGGACUUGUUCCAAGCGUUGUAGCUCUUGGUCAAGGAGUUGGUCAACUUACGUGUAAAAAUAUAUCUAGCUUUAAUUCUACGACAAAUGUGACGAGUUAUAGUAUACAGCCUAUUUAUCAUAGCAUCCGUUUUAGUGUAGAAGAGUUCUUUUAUUUUCUAUGUGCAAUGCUAAUCAUUUCUAUCGUGUCAUUCACUAUUCUAAAUUACACAUCUUACUGUAAGAAGGAGAAAGUCAAACAUCAAGAUGACUAUGAAGAAGUUGAGUCGAGCAAUGAUAAUCAAAUGAGUAGUUAUGAACUGAACCCAGAUCAACCUUAUAGUAUAUCAGCACAGAACUCUGAAAAUAAUCAAAAUGAGUUUAUAAAUCCGUCAGCAUUAAGUUCAAGAAAUCAGCUGAUGAAGAAAAAUAAACAACUGGAUAUAAAUUCAAAAUCAGUAGAUAUAAUUCAAUUCCGUGAAAUAUUAUCAACAAAACUCUUUAUAUAUUAUCUAGUCUUAACUGCAUGGGUAAACUGUCUUUCAAAUGGAGCACUGCCAUCCCUACAGACAUACUCAACAUUGCCUUUUGGGAAUGAUGCUUAUCAUUUGUCUGCCACUUUGGCAAAUAUUGCCAAUCCUCUUGCCUGUUUGGUGGCAUUUUUUGUUACAGUAAAAUCAAGCAUUGUGAUAUCGUUUUUAACAUUCCUAGGAACUGCCAUAGCUGGGUAUAUUAUAUCUACAGCUGUAGAGAGUCCGACUCCAGCCCUUUAUAACACAACAACAGGCUCUGUGAUAGUGAUUGCUGCCUGGAUAUUGGUUGUGUUCACAUUAACCUUUGUCAAAGUUUCCAUCGCUGGCAUCUUCAGAGAAGAAGGUAAAAAGGCUCUCCUAUGGAUUGGUGGGAUAUCUCAAGUUGGUUCAGCCGUGGGAGCAAUAAUCACAUUUGUAUUGGUUAAUGUGUAUGAGAUGUUUGAAAGUGCUCCUACAUGUCAGUCAUAAUUGUUUUUUUUUAUUUGUCUUGUUAAUACAUAGUAUUUUUUAUUUAAAAGGUUAUGGGUAACUUGGGUGUUCUUUUUUCGACGAUCUCAUUUUUAUAAGAAUAAGAAAAGUUAUGAAUAUGGAUUUUUUUUUACAGAUUGUCUAUAAUCUUCAACAUCUUGUCAAGUCUUUUUCUAUACAUGUGUAUCAAAACUGUACGUAUAACAUUUUCUUUGCCCUAAGAGCAAUAGUCUGAAAUCAUGAGUUUCAAAAAGUUACUAAUGUAGGAAACAAAAAAGAUGCAUUUUUGAUGUGUCUGAUGGUUAGCUUUAAUAACAAUUAUAAAGUCAUUUGCUUUGAAUUUAUCAAAAUAUAUUAUAAAUCAUGGCUGGAUUAAAGUCACCACUAAUAGGACUAAAGUCACAUCUUAUACCAUGUUGAUGUCUUCAUAUGUGAGGGCCUCAGGGAAGAUUAUUUUUUUUGACUAUCUGUGUUCAUUCUCUUUGAAUAAAUAACUUAUAAUUAUAAUAUCUUAUGGCUAUCCAGCUUUUCACAGAAUAAAUUGAGCAUGACCAGAAUUUAGAUGCUUAGAUGCACACAGAAUCAAAUAUAUGACCUAGAUAUGUGUUCACUACUAGCAGUUCUAGUCCAAUUCAUAUUGUUAUUAGUUAUGACCUUUUUAUGCCCGACCUACGAUAGUAGAGGGGCAUUAUGUUUUCUGGCCUGUGCCUCAGUUCAUUCGUCCGUCUGUGCGUCUGUUCGCUUCAGGUUAAAGUUUUUGGUCAAGGUAGUUUUUGAAGAAGUUGAAGUCCAAUCAACUUGAAACUUAGUACACAUGUUCCCUAUGAUCUUAAUUGAUCUUUGUAAUUAUAAUUUCAAAUUAUAAGUUUGACCCCAAUUUCACGGUUCACUGAACAUAGAAAAUGAUAGUGCGAGUGGGGCAUCUGUGUGCUAUGGACACAUUUUUGUUUUUCAGAUGUUUUAAGAAAGUUAAACUGACUUUGGCUAUAAUUAAUUUAAUUUUGCUAGUUGGUAACUUGAAUCUAACAUCAUACAAAACUGCUUUCUUUCAAAAUCUGAAAGCAAGUCCUAGGCUAACUGUAGCUUUAUAUAUUCAUGAUAUUUGAGUAAAAGUAUUCUUGCAGUGUCUAUCUUAGUAUGGUAUUUUCUAAAGUAUUGUUAACUCUAUUAUCUAUAUGUUUGUAGUAUGUAAAACUCACUUUUCCUAUCAAAAAGGUAUACUGUAUCAACAUGGAAUGUUCAAGUAAAAUAUACAAUGCAUUUAUAUGUUAAGUUCUGUGAUUUUUAUGCAAUAUGGGACCAUAUUAAUUGUAUCUUAUAUUUUAUGAUUUUGAUAUUAAUUUAUUAAUGAUUUAUUUAUUAUUUUAAAUAUUAGUGAAAACAAGAGGAAGUUUCUCAGCUAUAUAAUAUAAAUAAUUUAUUACCCUGAGAUGAGAUGUAGCUGAAGAAUUCAUAGAUUAUCAGUUAAUCUCUAUUUUCAGUUUAAGCUUUUUAUUUUGCCAUUGAUUAGGGAUUCUCCAUUUAGAAUUUUAGUCAGAGUUCAGUAUUAUUGUGAUUUUACUUUUUCCCUAGUCAUAUUCAAUGAUACCCUUUACCAUCUUUUCACGCUUCAAAACUGAGAAAAAACAUUUUCAGAUGAGUCAUGAGUAACUUGAGAUGAAAAAUUAUCACACAAAAAGAUCACCCAUAGGACAAAAUUUAAGAAAUUAGUGAUUAUUAGAUUUAUUUAUUGAAGAUGCAUGUAUCAUCCUUUUUUGUGACUUGUAUUUAAAUGCUGUGUGUUCGAUAGUGAGGGAUUUUUACGUGUCUGCAGUAGUGGCUGGGGGAAUACAAUGUUCUGCCUGAAAAUGCAUGUAUUUUUCUAACCAUAGUUAAACACAUAUGGUGUUUAAUGUUUACAGUUUCUUUGAACAUUCAUCAGUAAUCAUUUUACAAUAGAUUUUCUAACUAAGGAUAUAACUUGAUUCUAUGCCAAUUUUAAGGUUGACUACUGCUUGCAAGCCAUGAAAUGUUUAGCUUUCAAAUUAUCAACAAUAAAUGCCCUGUUACUUUGCAAUUGACUUUUUUCAGAUUAUGAAUUAUAACUAUUGUUAAAUGAAUAUGUAUAUAAAAGAAAAAAAACCCAUAGGAUAUGGGGGUAUCCAUCAAUGACACAAAAUCAACAAAUGCACAACAAAGAAAAUAGACAAAAAGCAAAGGAACAGGCCUGCCUUCUUUUCCAUCACAUCACAAAGUUUGUUUCUUUUGCUAUGAUGAGUUUGUGUUCAAGCCAAGUUAUUGGCAUCUUGUUAAGCCACAUGUUGUCAAAAAGUUUGUAUAAUUUUAUAAUAAGAUUAUUUUUUUGCCUCUCUUGUUUAAAAUUUAAUCAUAUCUGCAUAUAUCUGACUGGAUCCUUACAUGCAUAGAUAUAGACAUGUGAUAAAGAUUACAGUACAUAAUUCUAAGAAAAUGCAACCAGCCAUAUUUAUUUGAGUGGCCACUCUGUGUGUGGGUCUGUACUUUCCAUAUCAGGUUAAAGUUUUGGUUUGUUGUAGCAUCAACAUUAGGUUUAAUAGUACAUACUAAUAUUAAUGAAUUAAUAAAUAUGCAAAAUUAGUGUUUUAACCCAGAUUUCAGGGAAUACUGAAACUGGAAAGGAGUAGGUCAGGUAAUGGCCGAUUUUGGCCUCAAAUUUCAGGUUCAUCAAAUGAACAAUUUUGGACACUUUUCAAACACUAAAGUGUCUAUUGAAAUUGAUUCCAUUAGUUUAUGUAAAAGAUUUCAACUGAUUUAGUCAUUAAAAACGCUCGGAUUCAAGCUUUAAUAUGAAAAAUUUAUCAAAUAUGCAAAAAAACUGUCACUUUUCAGUUGUUUUUUUGUCAAAAAUGAAAGUGGCCGCAUCCGUGUUCAUUCUCAACCUUUAUAUAUAUUAUGUAUUAUCAUCAAAUACUACUUACAUUUUAAUAUUAUGAAUGAACAUGAAAAUUGUGACAUUUUCAGUAAUUUGGCAUGACUUAAUGCUGCUAGUACUCGCUAUAUGUGCAUUUUAUUGUCAAAAACAGCCCAUAUUUAUGUAGCAGAAGCAUUCUACUUAACAGUAGAUAGCUAAAAGGUUACAUUUUCAUACUUUUGUAAAACUGCUAUAUUUUGGGGCCAAAAAGGAGUCUUACUGAACCUACUCCUUUGAUAGUGCUAGUAGAUGAGUAGUUCUAAGGAUGCAUAUUUGGAUGUUUGUGAAUGGAAUAAAGAUAAAUUGUUUUUUGUUGAAAUUGGUGAGGAGUGUUAAUGGUGCUAUUAUCACCUUUACAUGAGAGAUAUUGAAUGACUGGUGUAAACAAUUGUACUUUUUUAAUCAUGUUUAAUACAGGACAAAGGUAAUGGUGUAUGUAAAAAUUGAUAUAAGCAAUAACAUUUUGUAAUGAUUAUUUUGUGUAAAACUCUAGUAAAACAUUUUCAUGUAUAUGUUUAUGUGACCAGAUUUUAUAGACAUAGGUUGCUGUCUCAUUGAUGUUAUUUAGACAGCUUCAUAUAUUUCUAUAUAUUUAUUGAAUUGAAUAAAAGUUUGUUUUUAAUAUGA